UUCUCUUUGUCAUUGCAUUUUUUUCCCCUUAAAUUCCAUUCCAAGCUCACAACCCCCUGACCCACUCGCCGGAAACAUGGCCUCAACGUGCAUAUCAAGCUGCGUCAAGGACGCCCGUGUCCCGGUCAGAGCCACCUACACCAAUCUCUAUAAGUGGCCGGAAUCUGACGCCGAGUUCUUGAGGUCAGUGAGUGCUAACGGGCGCCGGAGUGGUAGUGGCCGUGAUCACCCUAAUGUGGUGGACAGUAUCUCUUGCAGGCAAUUCUAUCUAAGGAGCUACACGUUCUCGAGGGAAGAGAGUGUGCCGGAAAAGCCCACCAAGUGGUUCGGCAGAACUAGAGAGAGAAAGAGGAAGGUGGUUGAAAGAAGAAAGAGAAAGUCUCGUGGUGGUGGUGGUGGUGGUGGUGGUAAUAAUGAAAGGAAGUGUGUGGUGUUCAGAAGGGCCAAGGAGGUGUCAUGUGCCACCUUGUCAUUGAUCUUCCGCCGGUUACUAUCUUGCACCGCCAAAGUUGAUGUAGUUGGUUGAUUAAAUUAUAUGGAGGACUUUGAAUUUGUUUUUGAUCAGGUGGAGGAGUUGAAUUUCUCUUUUUGGUUUUGAAUUUUAUUUAUAAAUGGUGUUUAUUUCAAUGCAUGGUUUCAUCUUCCCUAAACAUAUAAUGUGUGCUUAUCUAUGUAUAGAGGAACAGCUAAUUAAGCGUUUUUUUUUUAAUCAAAUCUAAUUUCCCUUGCUUUUUCAUCUCACUAAAUUAAAAUUUAGAAACAAUGAAUUUGUAAU